AUGUCAACUGAUUCGAUUUUGAAUUUUCUGUACACCGAUUUUAUGUCAUAAGUGCCGAAAGUUGUUAAAGUUCAUUGCAAAAAAGAAUUUCUAUUUGAACGUGUAUAAAGUACGGAACUUUCAUUAUUUGUUGAUAAUGAGGGCUUUCAGAAAUUUCAAUCACAACUAUUCGCAACAUGCGCCAAACCGUGCAAAAUUGUUAUCCGAAUUAUCGGCCUUCUUGACAUGGACUCCCGAACAAUUUGCAAUCCACAAUGUUGCGGAUAAUUUGAGUAUCGUGGAAUUUUUUCGGAAAUUGAACGAGAUUCUUCUUACGGACGAAGUAAACUGUGAUUAUCAUUGGACGGUGUUCAAAGUGAUUGACAUUGCAAUCAACAACUCCGAGACGCGUCAGUAUCUUGUCGAUACUGUCAGAAUCAUCAGUGGAAUAGCGAGUUAUGCAGUGAAGGGAUCAUCGUCGCUGAUAGAAGAAAAACAAAUUCAGGUGUGGAAGCUUGUCGAUCGAAUUACGACAGGCAUGGCUGUUGUAACAGAAGAACCUCAUCUGUCCAAUCUUAUCGACCAUUUGGUAACAUCGGUGAAACGAACCGAUUUGAAUCAAGAGAUCAAAAUGCUUCAAGUAUCAAUCUUGACGAAUUUAUGCUUCAAAAACGAAAUUGCAGUUGCCUGCCUAUUGCGGUUCACCAAGUCAAGAGACCUGCUUCAAGCCAUCGAAGGGUAUAAGGUAUAUUGGGGAAAGAUGUCUAUGGCUUUGGCACGGUUCGAUUCCACGAUGCUGGAAUUUGAAUUGCAUUUGAACUUGAAAACGAUAUUCGCCGUUGAAUACUUCUCCCAACUAAUGCGAAACAACGAUCAGCGAAUGUUGCGCAAUGUAUUGGACAUGUUGGCUGUGGGAUUUGAGCGGGAUGAACAUUCAAGGCAGACUAUGCAACAUUUUGAUUUCAAGGAAAGCAUUGAGGCCGUCUUGACGUUAAUCGACGAUUCAGAAAUAAGUUUUCAAAACUUUGAGCUGACGAGCGUGUUCUUGGGAAUAGUCAAUUCAAUAUUUUCGGUGUCAAAUACAUCACUGGAGUCAAGCAUACCCCGACUGUUCAAACUCAUAAUCGAUAAUACAAAUCCCAGCAACAUUUUAUCGGAAGCGAUAAAGACCGUCCGUUUGAUAGCAUCCACUGUUACCGACUCACACGACCUGACGCCAUUCAUUAUUCUAUUGAUUGAAAACCUACAGUCACACCAGAACGAUCUGCCAGUUGCUAUCGAAGCCUAUAAACUGUUGAUCGAAUUGUAUGAAAAACAUCCAGCAAUUCAGUUGCCCCAAGAGAUUCUCAUCAAGACAAUUGACACGGACACAUGGUCGUAUAAGUUGACCGACACUAAUUUAUCCAUGCAAAUUCGUCGUCUGCAGUGGCUCGUUUCUUAUAGUAACAUAAACGAGGAUGAUAUUUUGAGACGGAAAGUGGCAGACAUCAUGAGCAAGAAGGAUGUGCAUCAAAUUUUUGCCAGCGGAUUGAGAGGUUCCGAUGAAGAAAUUUGUGCGCUGACAAUGGAACUCAUAAAGUCGCAACACUUCCCAGUACGAUCUGUGUCUAAGAUUUUAUCGGGCACAUUUACGCCCAGCCUACCAAAUAAUGAGCACCAUGAUGGCCAUGAUUGUCGGUCAUCCGUUGAAGUUGUACGACCCUAUUUCUCAGCAUCAUUAGAGACGCGACUGAACAAUGAAGUUGAUCGGUUAAAACUUAAAACAGAUAAUUCGGAGAACGUUGGAAUGAAUGACUACUUAAGUAUGUUGGAAUAUCAAAAUAUUGUUGCCAAUGCCAAACAGGAGAACCUGCUGACACAGAUAAAAGCGCUGAGUGAUUUGAAUACACUUCAAUCGAACGAAAUUGGUGGAUUAAAAUUGACCAUUCGAAACAGUCUGAACAAAAUCAGUGAAUUGGAAUCAAAAUUAGAGAACUUAAAGAACUGUUCGGACACUAUGAAGACUGCAUAUAAUUCGAUAAAAAUAAAAUACGACAACAGAACGACCAAAUUCAACGAUGUAACGAGAAAGUAUGAUGCGUUACGCAGCGAAAGUGAAAGAGUUCUGACAGAAAUAUCCCAACAACUUGCUGACCAGACCAGUCAAUACGAAAAGGACCGUGAGAUGCAUGUGACCAAUCUUGCUCAACUGAAAAAGGACCAUGAUCGCGAAAAAACGGAUUUGGGUGAGCGACACAGAAAGCAAGUUGAGGAACUGACCGAAAAAUACCAGCAGAAAGAGAAGAAGCUAAAGACUGCGCACGAACAAGAUCUGGAGAAAUAUUCGGCAAAACGAAGUGAAAUGAAGAAACGCUUUGAACAGGAAAAAGCAGAACUUUUAGAUCUACAUAAAAAGGAAAAUCAAGCAGCUCACGAUAAAAUUGAAAACAUGGAGAAGGAACUUGCUGCGAAAGUCGAACAGAUCAAGCAUCAUUCACGGGCGAUAAAUGAAAAGACCGUAGCUUUGUCGGACAUGGAUAAGCGUUUGGAGGAGGCUGGAAAUAAAGUCCAAUAUUAUAAGGAGUUAUAUGAGAAGAUUCAGGGAUUAUUGGGAGGGAAAAUAUGAAAAUACAAACAAAAAUAUUGUAAUUGACCCACUCCUAGUAAUAAAAUAAUGUCAAAAAACACGAAUAAAUGU